AUGCAACCGAGAAAUGAUAGAAGUAACUCAGAUGCUCUUGAUGUAGAUGAUCAUCAUCGACAAAAAGAAGAGCUAUUACAAAACCGAGAAAGUUUUCUGCGUAAAUACUUUCAUAAAGCAUGGCCUAAAAAACUCGUCUUUUUACUUGGUAUGAUUCAGUUAGCAAUCAGUUUAUGUAUACUUGGUGUUGAUCUACCAAUUAUUCUUAUGUUUGCACCACGUUGGCAAGUUCUUUGUGGAGUUUGGACAUUUAUAUGUGGUUUCAUUGCUGCUGCAAGUACAAUGCAUUCAGCACGAAAAUUAACUUGGGUAAAACUUGAAAUCACUGCAGCGCUAAAUGUAUUAGGUGCAAUAGCUGCAGCUAUUAGUUUAAUUUUUAAUAUAAUGUUUGCAUCAAAUCCAUAUAGUUGUAUUAUUGCUAGUGGUUGUAAUUAUUUAAACUAUACAUAUACACAAGGUACCUCAUUCUAUAUUGGUGAACUUGUUCUUGAUCUUCUUUUUAUUGCAACGGUUAUUGUUUAUCUUGUUUUAUUCGUGAAAUAUGGUGUUGGUGCUAAAUCAGAUUAUGACAAAGUUCAAAGAGGUUAUCAACAGUCUAGUUUUAGUUCUUUGGGACCAAAUAGCAUGCCGCCACGAAUGCCAAUGUAUCGACCACGACCACCACCGAAUAUGAUGAGUGAAACACCACGACCUGGCUUUAUGCCACGAUAUCCAGGUCAAGCACCAAGAGGAAUGAUGGGACCACGUGGUCCAAUGAUGAGACCUGGUAUGAGAGGUCCUCCACAACAAAGUUUUAGACAACCAGGACCAUAUCAAAAUUCAGUACGUGGUCCUAUGAAUUAA